AUUAUCAAAGUUUUGAGUUUUGAAUAUCUAUGAACUUUAAUUUCGCAGUAAAUCACAGAUAAAAUGUUUUUAAUUAUAUGUAGUGUUCUUCUUGUUGUAUUAUGUAUAUUUCUAUUAGUGUUACAUUUUUCUUUAGAGAGCAAAAUAGUUUACAAGGACUUAAAUCACAAACAUGUUGUGGUUACCGGCGGGUCUAGUGGAAUUGGCAAAGCGGUUGCUAUAGAGGCCGCAAAAUUAGGAGCGAAUGUAACAAUCAUCGGUCGAGAUGUUAACAAGCUUACUACGGUGGUAAAUGAAAUAUCAAUUGAUCAUGUUAUUCGAAAAGAUCAAAAAAUACAAUACGCAUCAUUGGAUGUUACAUCUGAUUACGAUUCUAUAAAAAAAUGCCUUUCCGAGUUAGAAGAAAAAAUUAGCCCCAUAUUUAUGCUUAUCAAUUGUGCUGGAAUGUGCAUUUGCGGACAGUUUGAGAAAAUGAAAGUAGAAGAUAUAAAACAAAUGAUCGAUCUCAAUUAUUUUGGAACAGCUUACCCAACUAGAUACGUAUUAGAAGGAAUGAAAGAACGAAAUGAAGGGUUGAUAGUUUUCGUUUCCACAGAAGCAGCACUUUUGGGUAUUUAUGGGUAUAGCGCAUACGGUGCAGCUAAGUGGGCAGUAAGAGGUCUCGCAGAAUCAGUAUUCAUGGAAUUAGUUGGAACAAAUGUUCGACUCACACUAGCUUUUCCACCUGACACAGACACACCUGGCUUCAAAUGUGAAGAACUUACUAAACCUAAGGAGACAAAACUAAUAUCUGGUUCAGGGGGACUCCAUAGUCCUUCUGAAGUUGGAAAGAAAAUGAUUCAAGAUGCUUUGCGUGGAAAAACAUACUCAGUUUUUGGAUUCACCGGUCAUAUACUUUCUCUUUUAUACUGUGGAACAAUAGACAGUGUGGGCCAAGUAUUACUUCAAUUAUUUAGUAUGGGGAUUUUAAGAGCUAUUUUUGUUGUUAUAAUAUUGUCCUUCCAUAAAAUUGUUAAAGAUGGUGUAAAAGAAAAAUUUAAUGAACAAAAACAGAAGGUGCAAUAAUUAAAAGUAUACUCAUUCAUUUUAUUACACAUGAAUUUUAAAAAUAAACUAAUUUUCUUUACUUUUCAAGUAUAGGAAUUGCAGUUUUAAUUUACUUUACGUUUAAGCUUUUCUUUGUCGUAAACUAAGUAGAUUUUUUGAAAAUAAAUCUUAAUCAUCUAGCCUUCAUUUUCAAACUUCUUUUGCAUUUAUUGAUUUAGUUUUAUCUACAUAUAUAUUGUUGUAUGAAAUACAUUUUUUUUAAUGUUUUUUGAUUAAAUAAAGAUGUACAUAAGUGUAAUGGUUAUU